UUGAAUACUUACGUGUUUUUCCUGAUGGCCUCAAAAAGAAACAAAUUGAGCAGAGGCAAGCCAAAAUCUUUGUUUCGAGAUGAUAAAUCUACCACGAUCCAUAUUCUGACGAUGAUGGUGAAUAUGGUUCAGACCACAAUUACGAGCCCGCUGAUGAAGAUGAAGAUAGCAGCAGUGACUACAGUGAAAUUUUCGAUGUUCAUAGAAGUCGCUUUGAACGGAAUAGACAAAGAAUUGGGUCUGAAAGCGAGAAGUCGUAUCAUGGUUCUGCUGGCGAUCAAAGCGAUAAUGGCGAGCAGUUAG